AUGGUCUUUGCGCGCCGUUCAAUCUUCCGUGCUGCGACUGCAGCUCAGUCCUUCCGUGCCGCUCCUGUUACCCGCCAGUCUGCCCAGCUUCUCGGUCGCCGAUUUAAGUCUACUGGGGGCAGUUAUGAACCAGGGCAUGCAUCCAGUGACUUGCCUUGGUUGGCGGUCUCUGCUGCUGUGACCGUUCCAAUGGUCUUUUAUCUCUGGCCUUCCGGUUCGGAAGGACACCAUGACUCUCACGGGGACGAACAUAAGGACGAGCACGCAAAGGACGGUGAGAUAGAAGAGGCUUCCGAGAAAUCCGAGGGUUCCUCUGAGGCAGCACCUAAAAAGGGGAAGACAGACACCGAGGAUGAGGGCGAAGAUAAGGCGGACAAGAAGGAAGAGCCCAAGGAGAAGAAAGAAACUAAAGAGAAGAAGGAAGAGCCCGAGGAGAAGACGAAGGAAGAAUCCAAGGAGAAGAAGGAAGAGCCUAAGGAGAAGAAGAAGGAAGAGCCUAAGGAAGAGCCUAAGGAGAAGAAGGAAGAACCUAAGCCGGAAGAUAAGGACGAGAAGCCCAAGGAUGAUGAUUCUAAGAAGGAAAACCAGGACGACAAGAAAGACAACUCGAAGGAGGAAGCGCCUAAGAAGGAUGAGACCAAGAACAAUGGGGGCGAGUCAAAGGAGUGA